AUGGAUGAUCCUGCUCUCCGACUGCGAAAGUCAACCAAGAUCAGCCCCAGCAUGGAUGGCAUCUUCGACACAAACUCGCCGUCUGCAGAACGGCAGGCAUUAUUAAGAGAAGAACAUGCCCAACACGACAGAGUUGAUGAGCAGAAUAACCCGGUGAUGUGUGAAGCGGACCCCUCCGAGCUGCGCCAUAUGUCUCCAGGCAACUCUGUUCUGCGGGUGGUAAAGACGGUCCUGGGAUGCAGCUACUCCAACCUGCUUCUGCCGUUUGUCUUUCUGGGGAUCACAGCGGGGAAUCAAGUGUGGGACGAUUCCUUUGGUUUCGUGUUCAAUUACUUGGCUAUUCUUCCCCUGGGGGCAUUACUCUCUUUUGCUACCGAGGAGUUGGCUAAGAGUGUUGGACAGACGCUUGGAGGAUUGAUCAAUGCGACGUUUGGAAAUGCUGUUGAAAUGAUUGUGGGGAUUACUGCGGUCAGACAAGGUGAGAUCAAUAUUGUCCAGUCCAGUAUGGUGGGCAGUAUCCUUUCGGGCAAUCUUCUAAUCCUUGGCGUGUCUCUAUUCUGCGGCGGCAUUUCAAAAGAGGCUGUAACAUCCAAUGUGGAUGUUAGUGGGAUCUUGUCAUCUUUGAUGGUCGUCUCCUCUGCAUCACUGAUCAUCCCAUCGGUUCUCUAUUCAACUAUAUCAUCCAAGUCACCAGAUGUGGUACAGAGCGUGUUGAGUUUCUCCCGUACCGCUUCGGUUGUUCUACUCGCAUUCUACCUUGUCUAUCUUUACUUCCAACUGAAAAGUCACUCUGAGCUAUUCGUCGAUGAUGAACCAGAGGAAAAAGAAGAACAAAUCCUGGGCCCCUGGGUAGCGAGUAUUGUCUUAGUCCUUGCUACCCUCGGUGUCACCGUCUGCUCUGAUUGUCUGGUUGAGAGUGUGGAUGGCUUUGUGGAGAAAUGGCAUGUGAGCAGGGCUUUUAUUGGCCUGAUUGUCGUUCCAAUUGUCGGCAACGCGGGAGAGUUCAACACGGUCGUCAACUCUUCACUGAAAGGCGAUAUGGACCUCGCUAUCGGUGUGGUCGUGGGGAGCACUUUGCAGAUCGCUCUGUUCGUGAGUCCGUUCCUGGUAAUUUGCGGUAUGAUCAUCGGACAGCCCAUGUCGCUGCGCUAUAGCCCAAUUGAGACGGUGGUGGUUUUCCUGUCUGUUAUAGUGAUGGACUGCUUAAUCCGAGGCGGUCGAUCUAACUACUACGAGGGGUGUUUAUUGGUUGGAACGUACCUCAUUAUUGCCAUUGCUUUCUACGUGCAUCCAGAUGCAAUCGACUCGCCAUUGAUUUGA